AUGGCGAGUCCAAGGACCAGACGAGUUCUGAAGGAAGUGAGAACUCAAGAGGAGAAUAAUGUAAGUCUUAUUUGCUCUAGGCUUACUUUCAACUCUACAUACAAAUAAUGUUAGCUCGCUGGAACCUCACAAUCCACAGAGCAAGUAGCAGGUGUUUGGGAGGCUUGUUAUGUAGCACUCUCCUACUUUCACAAGACUCCCCUGCUUUCAUCUAUGUUCAAAUAAACAGAGAGUCCUUUUAGCUGUAAAAUUCUCUGCCCAGUGAACAUCUUGUUGGCCUGAAUCAUUGGCAAUAACUGCAGAACAGAUAUAAUGGCGUCCGGCCUAAAAUAAGUGGAUAAUAUAAAUAAAUGUAAUAUUUGGUUUAUGGAAUAGGUUAGAUACUUGAAAAAACUUGAUUGUGCAGUAAUUGUGCUAAUGUCAUUUUUUUUUUAGCUCUGUUUCGAGUGUGGAGCCUUCAAUCCUCAAUGGGUCAGUGUGACUUAUGGGAUCUGGAUUUGCCUGGAGUGCUCUGGCAAGCACAGAGGCUUGGGAGUCCAUCUCAGGUAAAUAGAGUGUUAGGUUUCAUGUUGUCAGACUUUGCAGGAUGACACUGAUAGUUGUAUCACCAUUGAUAUAUUUUUUCACUCAUAUUUUAUGCAUGAUUAUAGGAUGAAAUGAAACUAGUUAAAGGACCUAUGAUGAAGUUACCCUUUAAUGUUUAGGAAUUUUCAGCGUAUGCAUGCUAUUAAUUGCCACUCAUAUAUUACUUAUACACUUAUUUCUUCUGCUGUCUCUAGUUUUGUGCGAUCCGUCUCCAUGGACAAGUGGAAAGACAUUGAGCUUGAGAAAAUGAAAGCUGGAGGAAAUGGAAAAUUCCGUCAGUUUCUUGAGCUCCAAGAUGAUUAUGAUCCAUGCUGGAACCUACAGGAGAAAUACAACAGCAAAGCCGCUGCACUUUUCAGAGACAAGGUGUGAUGGGCAGAUUUUCUAUUUGUUUGUUGGGUCGUCUAGUUUACACUGAUACUUGUGUCAGAUUUCCGUCUCAUUCCCCGACUCUUCCUAUGUGACAGGUGGCAACUCUGGCUGAGGGUAAGGAGUGGUCCAUGGAGACAUCCCCUGCCAGAAACUGGACAUCUCCUCAGCCUAAAACUGUCCUUUCAUCCUCACACCGGUAAGAGUGGACGAGAACUUUUGAUCACACUUACUUACAUAUCUGUGAGUAUUGUCAGUUAACAGGACAGGCGUUAAAGCAGGAAUUCAUGUUUUUGUCUCAAAGCUCUGGAGGACCUGGACAGAGCGCAGCCAAAUCUGGCGACAAAGCUUUUGAAGACUGGCUGAGUGAUGACGUCAACUCGUAUCAGAGGUAAGAGCCUUUUGCGCACCUUACACUCAAAACAUGGAAAGUCUCCUCAACCCUUUCUCAUCAUAAUGUUUUUCAAAUACUUCUUCAGCGGAGGGGGUUAUAGUGGAAAUCAAGAAAAUCGGUACGUUGGAUUUGGCAAUACUGUGACUCCAGAGAAAAAAGAGGAUGACUUCAUUAACAAUGCCAUGUCAUCAAUUUAUUCAGUAGGUCACUUUCUCGAUCUUUUAUUUCUGUGUUGUAUGUUUGACUGCACUUGCGCAUCCAUGUGACAAUGUUCCUUCUUUUCGGCAGGGUUGGAGCAGUUUUACUGUUGGAGCUAGCAAGUUUGCUUCCAUUGCUAAAGAUAAUGUAAGUGCAUAUUUGUUUGGUAUCAAGCUUGACUCAGGGUUUUAGUUUAAAAAUAACUUUUAUGAGUAGUCAAAGUACUGGAAUUGUCUUUUUUUCUUUCUGUUCUUAUCCAGACAACUAAACUGGCUAACCAAGCAACUUUAAAGGUAAGACAAUCAUUGGGAGCUUGUUGCCAGAACUGUUUGCAAAGGUUUGUUUUUACACAAGGAUUCAUUUUCUCUAACCUCUCCUGUCCUAUCUUUAGUUUUCAGUACUAUCUUUUGAUUUUAGCGAGUUAAGGAAAUGUUUGCACAAUGUAUGAAUUUUUGCUUGUAUGAAUAUCUUAAGUGUAAAAUUUCAAGCCAUAAUAACUGUGUCACUACUCCAACAUCUCUUUGCCUUCUGUGGAUGUAGUUAAAGGGCUAUAAAGCACCCCCAGAACCGGUAAAGCAGAUAAUAGGUGCAUGGCACUUUUUUGCAUCAUGUAUUUAUUUUAAACACAUGUAAUCCAUUUCCCUUUUCUAUUCAGCUUGUCAGGUUUUUUUUUUCGUUUUUUUCGUACGGUUCGAGGGCAUAACGGUGGUUUCACAUUGCUUUUGCUUGGGUGCAUCAAAAACAAGGCAUCGUUUUUGUACAUGUUCUUAAUUUUGCUGGAUAACCUGUGAAAAGACAGUUUGUAACUAGCCUGGCUGGGCCAUCCUGUUGCAUGAAUCACUUGGAACGGCAAGUGAUUCACGCAACAGUAUGGCCCAGACAGGCUAGUUUGUAACUGUAUUGCUGUAAUUGUAUGGGAAUCCAGUUCAGGGUUAUCCAUUCAUGCAUGGAAGUUUUUGUGUAGACUAAUAUCAGAGCUCGAGCGGUGUUAUGGUUUGUAAAAGAGUUUAAAUUCAGAUACAUCUUGGCACAAUCCUUGAAAGAAAUCAUAAAUAUUUGAUGUAAUAUAGGGAGUCUAAAUUCAUAGAUGCAGUGAUAUGCUGAGAACCAGUGAUGUCUGUUUGUUGAACCAUAACACCCUCUAGUGCUUGCUCAGUGUCAUGGUGAAUGUGAAUGAUCAGCUACCUCAUACGACUACUGAACAAGCGGCUCAGUGUCUUGCUCUACUGUGAAUGUUAAACUGUGUUUCAUUCAAGUGAAUUCUCCCCUCUGACUCUCAACUAGGCCACAGAGUUAGGACAAACAUUAAAUGAGAAUGUUAUCAAACCCACCCAAGAAAAGGUAACAUUGAUGUUUGAAGUUGUCGAUUUGGUGUUGGGUUAGAGCGCUUUAGAGACUCAAUAACAGCUUCAGAUGUGAAUGUGCUAUUUUCUACACUGCUUGUCUGUGCCAUUUUAUCUGCUUUAUGCCGGCUUACAUUGGACGAUAAAAGCUGUGUUAGGAGCAGAACGGAACAAAAAUCAGAGCUUUGUUUUUCUCCCAGCUGUGACUCAGCUAUUAGAUUCGUCAGGAUCUCAUAGCUGUGAACUGUGUAUUUGGGAACUGGUGUGAGUCAGCGUUGACUUUCUGCUCAGUUACUGGACUAGGCUUGAGGCAUAUUUCACAUUUUUUAAAAGCCAACGCCUUUGUCUGGAUAUCUGUCUCACUCAUCACAUGCAUAAUUCAUUUAACACAUAGUAACACGACAAAAAGAUUUUGACAGAGCACUCCAACUUAAUUCAGAGGCUAUCUGCAGGAGCCUGUUUUUACAUUAUGUUACAGAUUCGCACGACACAUUCAACUCCAGUUUAAAGCCUACAUAAAGUGACGCUUAAGGUGUGCCGUAGACGGUUACAGGAGGAAGGAAAACUGUUUGUAAAGCAGUAUUUUCACAUGAAUUUGUAUGGUAAGCUAAAAAUCCAGAGCUUUGAUUUCUGUCCUGUUGAAUUUUCUGAGUUCUGUAAACACUACUUAGCUCAACCGCAUCGUUUUAGGGGAGAGUUAAUCGUUUGAUAGUGUCACAUAGCUGCUAUGUUUGAGCUCAUGCAUGACGAAAAUCUAUCUGUUUGCUAUAAAUAUCCUUCAGGUCACAAUGUGUAUUCACAAACUCCUGCUCAUACAUAGAUUUUCUAACGCUCCCUGUCAGUUACACAGUUCCUGGCUGUGAAUAAAAAGGGAACAUGUUGAUAUCCAAUAACCUCAUACAGAAAGAGGAAGGAAAAUGAGAGUUUCUUUCUAAAAUCUCUUCUCGGUCACUCUGUGCACUUGACUAAUAAAAGUGAAGAUCCCAGGGACUGCUUCUAAACAAAGCUUUUUGUCUUCUAAUGUAAAGUUGGUAUCGGUGAUUUAAGAUGCAGUAUGUGCUUUUGUAACAAUGCUCUUUCUUGCUUGCUGUUGUUGAUUUUAACUGCACCACUCUGGACCUCUUUUUCCUCUUCACGAAUAACGCUUUGUUUGACUCAGACUAAAUAUUUUCUCAUAUUGAUCAGCAGCAGCCUUAACAAAGCAAAAAUUAUUUCUUUGACAAGAUCAAAAAUCAAACUUCUACUCAUUCAAUGUUGUGUUUAAAAUAUGUAGAAAGAUCUCGUUCGUAUUUGGUUGUAAUAAUGGUUUGGCCCAUCCAGGUGAAAGAUGGCAAAUUGCUAGAUGAAAUGGCCGUCAGCAUGUCUGGGCUGGCAACCAAGGUAGGAAAGGCAGACCCCUGCCAUGCUGUAAGGAGUGAAACCAGUCUCCUGUUGUAUAAACUGCAGCUGAUCAAACACUUAAAGCUGCACAGGCUGCACCACUACUCUGAAGGAGACUGGUUUUACUCCUAUGAUAAAUGUUUGAACACUACUAAUUUUAUAUAAUCUCUCAUUUUUCUCGCUGCCAUUUCUAAUGUGGUGGUGAGUACUCAUUAAUGACUUGUCUGAUGUAAAGUAUAAAAAUACAAACAUCUUACUGCAGUUUUUCUAGAACUGCCUCUGAAACUGUUAAUAAAGAUAAAAAAUACUGCAUGAAUUUUAAUUUUAACCUUUGAUACUGUGUUACAUAUUGAUAAUAUUAAUGCUUCCUAAGUCCUUUAGAAUAAUAUUUCUGUCAUAUUUUUUCUAGCUUUUGGCUUUUUUGUAAUGUCUAUUUAAAAAAAAAGGCAUGUUAUUGCUUGUUGACAGCUACAUAAUGCCUUUAGCUAAACUGUUCUCUGUCUUGUAGGUUCAGGGAGCUGGUGCAAAGCUGACAAAUCUCUUCUCUGGAAAAGUGGAAGAUGGGUAAUUAAAAAAAAACUUAAUGCACUUUUAAUCUCCCACUUAUCAAAUCAUUUGUAAACUGUGAUUUUAUAUAUAAACCAGUUCAAGGCUAGUUUCUCACUGAUUUGUCUGCACUCAGAUCUGCUGGAGAGAGCUACCAGAACAUGGAUGCCACUGAGGGGUAUCAGGGCAGCUCUAGCCAGCCUGUUGGAAAGGACUUUUGGGAAACUUUUGGCAGCAACACUUCCUUGAAGGCUAAGAAAUCCCCCAGCAGUGACAGCUGGACCAUUGCAGAUAAUUCUGCAAAAAAGAGCUCUGACAGUUGGGACAAUUGGGGUUCCGAAGCAGCAUCCAACAACAAAAACAGCACAGGGGAGAGCUGGGAGGCCUGGGACAACAACUGGGAGAACGCAGAUGGUAAGACAAAGAAGAGCCCCACGAAACCUGCUGAGGAAUCCUGGGACAAUGCAGACUGGUAGUGACCCUAGAACCAUUCAUCUCUUCACCUGUACCCCACUCUGGCCUUUCCUCUUCAUCUCUCUUUUUUUCAUCUCACUGGCACUUUCAGGGAAAGAGCUGCAUCAUCUCAGUUCUGGUUGAUCCAUUCAAAUAGAUUUUUCAUUAAUCCAAGAAAUAACAACGCCCAGGGAAGAGCGAGGCCAUUCUUAAAUGAAUAUUCCUAAAAUGUUUGAAUUUUUUGACCUGACCUGUAUUUUGUUAUUAUCGUUACCUUCAUCACAAAAGAUUUAUUGUAGAUACGGCCAUCUUGUGCAUCCUGGCGUCCUCAAAGAUACUUCUCAAGUGAGAGAAUAAGCCAAUGUCCAUUCUGUAUCAUGGUGUCACUACAUACUAAAUUAUGCAUGAGAAAGAAAGUCUAUUGUUGUAAAUAUAAAUUCUUAUUACAUUAUGAUUGGCUGAACACUAAUAUCACUUUCAAGGUUCAAUAGAAAAUAUACUUUUUCCACCCCUGGACCUUUUGCACAUUUAGUUCUUGAAUUAAAAAAAAAAGCUUUUUUUUUUUUUUCUUUCAAGACUCAAGUAACAAAGUGGUUUGUCAGAUUAAAUGGAACAUACCCACUGUGACGAGAACAGUUUGUACAGAUAUGUAUAUAUUUACAAUUUAAUGGGGGAAUGGUUUGGAACAGUCUGUGGCUAAAUUAUAAGCAGCAUCAGCUUAUUGUUGCUUUUUGUAAAAAAAAAAAAAAAGUGCAAAUAGUCGAGGGGUUUGAAAGCAGAGAGCUGUUGCUGAUGCAACACCAUGCCAUAAAGAAUAGUGGUAAUAUAACAGGAUGCUUACAAGAUUUUUUUUAACGUCCUAAACUAAUUUCAUUUCUUAGCAAUUGCCCCUCCAGGAAAAUGGUUAAAUUCAGUGUAAAUAUUGAAACACAUGCUGCCCUAAAAUUAGCUUUUCUCAGAAUGGAUGUAUUUAAUAAAAACUGAACAGAUGCUAAAAUUCAUUUUGAGUGGUAGCCAUAAUAUUGUGAGUAUGUGUUUUUUUUGUUGUUGUUUUAACCAAACUGCUGUUGUUGAAAACAGCUUGAGACUAGACUGGGACCUCCAUUCAUACUUGUCCAGUGAUAAUAAUAAGGUUCAAUUUGUAUUUUUAUGACAUCUUUUGAACCAUUUGAGGGUUUUCUUCAGUAAUGCAAGUUUUCCAGUUAAUAUUCAAUGUCCAGAAUAAUGUAUAAUGACAAACCUGACCUGUUUGGGUUGAAAAUGAUCAAGUCAAAGUAUUCCAGCAUUUGGACAAAGAAUUGAAUUCAUCAGCAUUAAAUCAUGGUAAAAUCUGCAUAACAAUACAGGAAAAUUGUUAUUUUAAUAUUAUGCAAAUUUGUUUUUCUUUUGACUCUACAUGAAGAUGCAUAAAUAAAAACUUUGUGCAGGCCGCAGUCACAUUUACCCAUCAAUCAACCAGGGCAGGCUGUACUCACUAUUAGUGGAUUUUGAUGGACAAGCCAUUUUGACAAACAUACAUACCCUCUCUUAUAACAGCAUACAACAGUCAGAAAUGGAUUCUGUAAGCCUGAAACCAUCUUAAUCAACAAGUAAUUGAAAAUUUGAUCUCAUGUGAGGAUACUUAGUAUUUACUCUGUCCUCUCAUCUGCUAAUGCACCAUGUUUUUAUCACACUGUGAGGCCUCAGUGUCACUCGUUAUUUACAGUUUGAUUGUGGAAGAGGCUCAUUUGUUCCUGGAAACUAAGACCAUCACCACUCUCAAACACUUGGUAUAAAUGAACUAAAUCAGCCUAAUGUAUCCCAAAUCUCAUGACACAGUAGCUGCACAUACAGCAGAUUGCUUGUGUUUAAUAAAUAUGUAACACAAGAAACUUUAUUUCUACAUAUGGGAAUGUACUUCACUGGCAAAUAAGGUUAUUUUCCAAAUAUUCUGUUUAAAAUUCAAAAAACUGUCAAGGUUCAUAACUGAGAACAUUUUGCAGGACCGAUCUUCCUUUUGUGGCCUUUCUUUCUGUUUAACUUAGGCGGUUGUGGGUUUUUUCAUAUUUCAAAUGCUUUUUAAGUUUAACUUGUUAGCACUUGUAAUAACUUGUUGAAAUCUUUAUAAACAAAAGAAAAACACCUAAGCUUAAGUUCAUGAUAGCUUAACUUAUCAAAACUCCACAUUUUGGUUUGUUUUUGUCUGUGUUUGUGAGAUUUAGUUGAUGUCUGAUUUCAAAAGCAUUUGGACACGCGAGGUGUGCUUGGUGUCUGAUUUCUAUAGACUUCGUAUCUGUCGGCCAGGAGCCAAUUAUUAACUGCUCACAGAGUGGUGUACCAGUGCAAUACAGCUGCUGAAUUUAUGUUUGUUAUUUUGUCGUACUGUUUGAGCAAGUUCUCAUUGGGCAUCAAAAUCAGCGAAUACACACUUUCUAUCAACUGUAACAUCAUGUGAAGGUUAAACCUGGGAACUUCAUUUCAUGUCCACUUCCUACCUCCAAGAAAUGUUCUGUUUACUGCCAAUGUUUUAUUAACUCUGAGCAUUGUUUUGUUGUAGACUUAACCACAGAAGGCUUCAUUUCUCCUCUCUGAAAGAAGUGUGCUAAGCAAAGUUAUAAGGAGAAGUCUAGUUGUGUUUUUGGUAGCAACAAAGAGAUGUAACAAAAAAAAAGAAAAGAUCACUCCUGGAACAUUUGUGUUGCUGAUCCCUGCCGUCGAUGUGCUCAUGUGCGGUGGUGUGUUACAAACCUUUACACAGCUGUGAUUGCUGUCUGUUGAUGCUGAUGUCAGUGUGCCUGUGUGUUUCUGAUGCGGUGAGGUGUUCAUGUCAUUCACAUCGAAGAUUAAGUCAAAUGAUAUGUUGUUGCCCUUAGCUUCCUUGUAUUCCUAAAGCUUGAUGACAGUUUUUCUUUUUAUGAAUGAAAGACUCAUGGAAAAUGUUUGAACAGCCUCUUUUCUGUAAUUAAUCCAAAAUGUUUGUUGCUCUGUUCAAGGAUAACAUUUUAUUAGUGAAUGUUCAGUGCAGAUUAAUGAUGAACUUGAUUCAAGGAUAAAUGGCAGAAUGUGUUACUAACUUAGAUCCCAUUAUUUUAAGGUGAUGAUUUUUGAAGAAAUCAUAAAUCAUCUAAUCCUUAACUUUAAUUUUCCAGAGCAGCAGUUAUGCUCAGUGUCUGUGCCUGUCAAAAAUUCAGAAUGGGGUAUGUAUACGGUUUGUGAUCAAACUAUUAUGUCAGAAAUACUAUUUUUGAUGUCAUGCAUGAGAUGUAACAUGGAGAUAAAAACAUUUAGCUGUUGUUUAAAUUUUGAAAGCUGUUCCCUCCCGUGAAAUGAGCGUGGUUGUCUGCUAUCCCCUUCAAGUUUCACCAGCAGCCAUCUGGUGAGGUGAGCCAGUGUUACCUAUUCAGCUGAGGCUGUGGAUGUUUCCUUGUACCACUGGUUUUCUGUGUUCAAUAAAAAUGUAUUGUGCUGUGAAUACAAUGGCAUUUUACUUACCGCCUGCUUGAUACGGAAUCUAUUUUUUGUUCACCCUGAUGAGAGAGAGAAAAAAAUCCAUAUUUCUCCCCCACCCGGGUUAAGCUUAUCACAUUGUUUUGUUGUUUGUCUAAAACAGGAGAGCCCUGUCUUGAAUUGGCAGAAUUUACGACAGAAAUUGAAUCUUAGGGGAAACUGUACUGGUCAGCAUUGUGACAAACCAAAAUACAACAGUUCCUCAAAUUUGAAAACAUGAAAAAAAAAAACGGCACCUAACUUCAUCAACAGUACAUAUAGGGUCCUAGCCAUAGCACCAGCCACCAAACAUCUUUUUAACUUUUCCUAAUUUCUUCAGCAAAGAGACUAAACACAACUCACCUACUCUCUUCCAGCAGCCGCUUGUUUGUAGCGAGACCUCGGGCCAGUCCAUAACCGACUACAGCGGGGUGACGCAGCACAAGAACAUUUAUGAUCAUUUCUUCAGGGAAAUGCAAUCAGAUCGAGAUGCUAAGGUGGAAGAACUACCGUGUCUGCAGUGCAAAACGAUUCAUAUGGUGAUUAUUACUCAAAGGAAAUGAUAAAGAAAUGAUCAGAAAUGUUCUUCCUUGAGCUGUGUCAAUUUGUGGCUAUAGAGUGGCGUUUUGGUUGAGGUUUGUGUUUGGCUCCUCAGACCGCUGUGUAUUGCUAUUGUGCGGUCCUAACUAAAGUCGGCGUAACUAGAGAAGCAAGCAGUUGACAACAUUCAUCUCUCGAGGGGGUGUCUAACUUGGUGUUAUGGUGUGUUUCACCCUAAAUGAAUUUUACGCCAGAAUAUCCCUUUAAGUUCAUCUGCACAAACCUGGUCAUGACUUGCAAAAUCACUGACUCCUUGUUGUUGAUUUGGCAUUUUUGCUUAUAUGUUUAUUUUUGUUUUGACUUUGGCUUGAAAGGUAUCUACACUUAUUGAAAAGAAAAAAGAAAUUCAUCCGAUUUAAAAAGGAAAAAGAGCGUGUUAACAAAUGUCUACAGUUGGGUUUGUUUUUAACUGUGAAAACUUUAAUGUUUUGAGAGUUUUACCCACAGUUCUUUUGUCAAAAGUCUCACCAUCGAUCACUUACCCGACCACGUACAGAAAGAGUCAUGACUCACUAAGGUGCCGUGAUUCCAGCUGUAAUUUUAGAGAGAUGUCGGCUUGACUGUGAUGGAGGUACAGGGCCUACCAUAUUCGCAGACUGUGACAUUUCCACUGUGUCCCGCCUACAAGGCGUGGAAUCGCGUCUCCUUUCCAGAAACUCUUCGGCUGAAGAGGGAGAGAGGGAUACUGAGAGCAUCAUCGAUGGCCCAGUCACAGGGUAAGUACCGACAAGCAUUGUCAUUAACAUCUAGUUUAGUGGUCUUGGGGAAUAUUUAGUACAGCCAUGUUUUAAGGGGAACCAGAUGGGACACGGUGAACAGCUGCUGAGAGACGGGCUGCAUCAUGACUGCAAUGGAGGAGCCGAAGAGACUGUGGCUGGGUGACUGAAUAACAGUAGCCACCUUCCGAGUGAUAGCACUGGUGCUGAGGGUAACAGCGGAUAAGGCCAGCAUUUAUUUUGUCAUGGAGAUAAAGAUGAUUUAGCCUCCCGUCUGUGCCAGCUGUUGUCUCAUUUGUUGAUUUGAACGGGGGUGGUGAUUGAUUUUGCUAAAAAGGUUUCCUGCUGCAUCAGUCCGUGUGCUCCCUUUGGUCAUGAUAGCUGAAGCUUAGCAUGAUCAAUCACCUAUAAUGAGGCUUUAAACCUUUUCAAAGUUACAUUCAAAGACGCGUGAAUUUACGGUCAACAGUGGCCGUGAAGGUCCAUGAGAUAACUGCAAAUAUCAAACCGUUCGGCUCAUCCUCUGACAUAAAUGCGGGUUGCUUAGGUCACGUUUUCUUCUAUUCUGUUAGUCUGUCGCAAUUUCAAAAUGUAAUUUAAAAAGGCUAUUCAGUUUUUUACACACUACACGGAGUGGUCAUGUCUUGCUAAGCAUAACUAAGGGGGGCGCCACUCCGCAUAUUUAACCAGCUAACUCGCUAUGUUAAAAGUUAGACGUUCACAGUUUUUAGAUGUGAAUAUUUAAUAUGAGACAGCCCUCCACAAAAAUAAAAAAACACAUUAUAAAAGACGUAAAAUGGCGUCAGAAACAUCCGGGUCGCGGUGAAAAGUGUGUGGUGGGGGGACAGUAUAAGUUGGUAAUCUUUUGAAAGGAAGCCCAGACCACCACAGCGUGGGACUUCUUUUCAGGCUCGAGCUCCUUUAGCAGUUGUUGCUAUGCUACCACCACCACCACAGCGCGUGCAGCUUAAUAACUGUUGCUAAGUGGAAAAAGCCCACAGUGCUGGAGACCAGUACCCACUCAUGCACCAGUUACAUGACUGGGCUGAUACAAAAAAAGGGAAACACCAGCAGUUCAGGAGAGAGAAGAAGUGUGCUUCAAUAAUGUGGAAGAAAUUAUAUCUCAAUGUUUUAUUUAGUAGGGGAGAGUGGGGUAAGAUGGGCCACCCCCUGUUGCUUGGAAAUGGUAAAAGAAAUUGAUCAUUUUACCAAAUAUUUAGGAGAUGGGCAUCAAUUCAUGGAGUCUGUGAAGCUCAUGGGUGAAGGGGUUAGACAUUUAUUUACAAAAAUACAUUUUUCACUCUUGAAAGUGAAUUUAGUCUGUCAUAAGUUUUAUUAGAAUUGUGUUCAAUCCAAAAAAGAUCAUUUUAAAUUUGUUUUCUAAUCAGUUGUGGUAUCUAUGAGCUACAACAUGAGGUCAAAAAACCUAACAUAAAAGUCCACCAUUUUAGCUUAGAGGACUAAUAAAGUCAUCAUAGUAGUUCUGGGGUAAGUUGAGCCAGUGGUUCAACUGAGAAAGUAAAGAAGUCUGAUGAGAGGAUCAGAGUUUCAGUUCAGAUUGUUGAAGUGUGUUACUUUUUCUUUUCAAAAAUACAGCUGUAAAUGUUCUGAAUCACUUAAAGACAUUCUCAUGUUAAAAUGACUUUUUACAAAACAGCUUUUUAGCUGUUAUAUGUAAUAAUAAUAAAAAGAAUUAUUGUACCAGUUGAAUAACGUAUAAUAGAUAAAAAUACACAUGGAUGUGAAGAAGUGACUUUUAUUUAGGGAGAGAGAAGGUGAGGGAGGGCUGGGGUGGAGAGUGUGGGGGUAGUAGGGAUACGACUCAACUUACCCUGCUCCUGUGGUCAACUUACCCCAUUCACAGGGUAAGUUGACCAUAGGAGGCCACUUUUUUUUGCAUGCUAUAUUAUCAAGACAGUUAUGUUUACACCAUAGACUGUACAGCUCCAUUUUUAGUUAUUAGGGGGUUCAGGUUUUCUAUGAUUGACACCUGAUACAGCCUAUUGGCGUACAAGGGUUGCGUAGCUCACCCGGGGAUACGCUGUUUGAGCCAAGCGUCAUCACAUAAUAGAGAUAGAAAUAGAGGAAAAACGCGGAAUUACCUAGAGCUUUUCAGCUUCAAAUACGUAUACUGGUGGAAGGCAGAACCAAGUUGACCAUAGUAUAUACAGUCUAUGGUUUACACUCAUUCUGUUGGUUUGCAGGGAUGCACAACAUCGUGAAACAUGCAGAUACACUAGUUAGAGACAAAACCAUGAUUGCCUUGAUGUAGUGAUCACAAAUAUAAAAAAUGGCUCAUCUUACCCGCUCCCUCCUAUUGCAAAGAGUUGAAACUCCACCGUUGGACUUAAGGAUGUGGACAGAUAUUUUAAUGGCUCACAGCUAAUGAGUAAUAUUUUAACCAUAUCAAAAAGCAGGCUGUGCUGUCAUACUGAAUAUCAAAAAGGGGGUUUGGUGAUAGGCACAAACAGUACCCGCCAGAACAGCAACAACAACACAACCUCACAUUUACUUAUGUUUUAAUGGCCCUAUUUCAAAAGGUUGUCUCAAGGGGAAUUUACAGCCUCAGCAGCAAACAACCCACUCUGUGCUAUUUGGGGAAGGGAAAAUCCUCCCAUCCUCAAAAUGUAAGAAAAAGCUGUAGUCUUCCAGAGUAGAUUAAAAGCAUACAUGAGGGAUUUGAGGAAAAAUACUACACAAGACAGAAACAGGCUUGCCAUAAAGAUAAUGGUGACACGUAUCCAGCUAGAGGUAAUUAAGAUGAAGAGCCUACUAAACGGAUGAUGAAAAUAUUGUCAUAAUCAGAGUCACACAGACUCAUGUCAUUAGAUGAGGGUCUUGUUGUUUGGCCCUGAGGACAGACUGGAGUUCACUAUUCUUGGAGCAGUACACAAAGAAAUACAACAUGUGAUGAAGUCAGACAGGUUUGAAAGGGCACAGGCUUACAAUUUAGUGAGAUUUUUGUAGCUUUUUGAAUUCUCAUUUGACUUGGUUGGUGAGCCAGAGAAAGGAUACCAAGGUUAGUCCGUGCUCUUAUUUGUGAUUUGAGGUUAGACUAUCAGCAGUAAACAGAACAAUUUGUAGACUUUUAGUACGAGCACAACAGAAAAUAAUAAUGCAGUCUAGAUGAAAGUCUGCAGGGUUCCUGCAUCAACCAUGAACACAAAGGGCCUAAUUUUAGUCAUACUGUGUAAAAAGGCUUUGUUGGUGUGUCAUGCUCUGAUGAAGAGUGUGGGUAUGAUCAAAUGGUGCACUGAGAAGCUUUGCUGAGAAGCCUCUGAGAGAUCACGAAGUUAACAGUGACUAAAAAAGCUGGUGUCUACAUUAUAUAGAAUAAGGUCGAUGAGUGACAUCUCAAUUUAAUCUGAAUUAGAAGUACCCUUAAUCCAUAGACUGUAUAAAGAAUGGACAGCGUCUGCCUCCUCGCUGGGUGAAGCCACUCCGAGAACAGCACCCUCUGUUGAUGGGCUGCAGUAUAGGUCAUAAAUCCCACCUCUGCCAGCAAAACUUAUGGAGCUGUGGACAAACUUUAGAAAUUUAUUACAUAGAACAUAAAUUCCUCUCCCCCUGCUUGUGAUGUUGACAUGCAGUUAUUGUAAGACUGGUUUGUGCUCAAAUCCUCUUUUUUCUGUGAAGCUCCGUUUUUAAAGAUUAUUAGGGGGUUCAUGUUUUCUAUGAUUGACACUUGAUACAGCCUAUUGGCGUUCAGGGAUUGCGUAGCUCACUUGGGGAUACGCCGUUUGAGCCGAGCGUCAUCACAGCGACUCUCGGCGACUGCUUGGCCGAAUGCGCGCAUCGCUACUGCGCAGCUCUGGUUUCAGGAAAUGAAGAAAAAUCCCGGAAAUACUGAGAGCUUUUUGGCUUCAAAUCCGGGAUUUGAAGGCGGGAGGCGGAACCAAGUUGUCCAUAGUAUAUACAGUCUAUGCCUUAAUCAUUGUAAAAUAACAUGUAUGUUGGCAGUGUAAACCACAACAAGCAAUCAUCUGAGGAGGGGCCUGUGACUUGGCGGUAGUCUGUUGUCCCUCAAUCAGAAAGUUGGGGGUGUCCUUGGGUGAGACACUUAUACCUGACCUGCCUCUGCCUCUGCUGGCUGCACCCAGGGGAUUGGUCAAAAACUGAUGGCGCUUUACAUAGUCACCUCUGCCAUAAGUGUGUGAAUGUAAUAUGUGACCUAAAAGCGCUUUGAGGGGUCAAGAGGACUAGAGGAAGCUUACAGAAACAUGGUCCAGUUACCAAAGAAAAAAACCUUUCUGUGAUCAGCUGAAACAUCAUACAAUGGCACUUGUCAAUGGGUGGGAUUUGUCAGACAGAAAGUGAUUAUUUUGUCUUUGAAGGUGUGUUGAGAGCGAGAAAAUAAUCAAAGUGUGAGAAUUUGAGUCAAGGGUCAAUUUUGUGAUGGCUGGAAAACUGGAACUUGAGCUCAUGUGGGGUUCCCAGUUUUCAGUGGUCAGCUUAUUAAAGUGGUCCAAGACAGCAAACUUAAUGAACCACCAACAAGGCCAUGGGUGGCCAAGGCCCGGUAUUGGGCAUUGGGCAGUUAAGACUAGCCUGUGUAGUCCACUCCAAUGGAAGAGCUGCUGGGGCUCAAACUGCUGAAAAAGUUAAUCCUGGUUGUGAUGGUUCUGGUGUCACAACAUGCAGUGAAUUGCUGCUUGUUGUAAAUUAAGCUAUAUGGCUAUAGAGUGUCCAAAGUGUUCAUGCUGACCCCUGUCAACUGCUGAGAGUAUGUACAGGGGAUAUGUAAACAUCAAAACUGGCCCACAGGGCAAGUGGUGUAGAGGAACACAGCAAUGUUGACUUGGUCUCCAGAUCCCCACAUCUCAGUCCAAUCAAGCAUCUGUUGAGAUGUGCUGGGCAAACAAGUAUGAUCUAUGGAGGGUCCCCCAUCCCACACCUUAAAUGACUUAAAGGUUCUGCUGUCAUGGUGUCAGAUACCACAGCACAAUUUCAGGGGUCAAGUAGAGUCCAUGUAGCCUGGCCGGGCCAUCCUGUUGCGUGAAUCACUUGACGUGGGAAGGAACAUCAAGUGAUUCACGCAACAGGAUAGCCCGGCCAGGCUAGAGUCCAUGUGUGAUGGCCCUGACCUGACCUGAAGAUUGUUUGCUGUUAGCUGAUCAGUGUGUUAGGGUACUACAGUCUGAAACAACUUUAGUAUGUUUCCAUUUAGCUUUAUUUCUGUGACCACCUUCUGUAGUGAAGCAUUAAAAGCCUCUACAAGGUUUAAAGAUUUCUUUAACAUGUUGCUUUAAAAUGUGAGUUUCUAAUAAAUGUGGGUGCAACUUUUAGUAAGGAUCCAGCAGUGCAGUUGUCUUUGGUUUAGAUGAAUUUACCCCAUACACCUCAGCAUAGUACUUCUGCUUUGUAAAGACUGAUGAUAGAUCUGUAGUUUACCUUUAAAGUGUGGUUUUGCUCCGUGUGGAAGUAAAAUUUAUUCCAGAGUCAAUCAGGCAGUUAAAUUGAAAACAUUAUUUUAAAAUGUUCAUAUUAACGAAGAAGAAAAAAUGAGACAACCUUGGGCAUUGUGGAAGUAAUGCAUUCACCUCAAUGACUAAGGGAUUUUGAUUACAUUUGAUCGAUGUUGUAGAGACAGAGAAUUAUUUAUAUUUCAAGCUGCCUUUUCAGUUAUUUUAGAAAAUUACAAAAAAAAAAAUCAAACAUCAAAUUUUUUUCAUAGUUUUUAUUUAACUUAUCUUUUGGCAAAUAAAUCCUAAAUACUCUUUCUUAAUGCACAAAACCUGCAUUGUGAUGAUUUUCACAAAACACUGCUGAGGAUUGUUUGAAUCAGAAGCUAAAACGUUUGUUGAUGAAAUUCAGAUGAAUAUCAGAGCAUGUGGAAAAUAUUCACUGAACAUGUUCCUUUCACAUGAGGACAAACUUUUGUGCAGGGCAGACUCUGAGCUCACACAUUAUGCAGUGUGACUAACGGUCAGCAGGAGGAUGCGGAGGUGGUGCAGGCUCUCUAUCAGACAGCUGCUCGUUGGUAUCUGGUUGUAAUUGGCAGUUUUCACUCUGCAUCAUUUGCAGUCUGUUGUAAUUUGUUGCUGCCCGUGUUCGUUAACCACAUAGCUGGUUAACGAACCAGCUAUGUGGUUAAGCGAUCUGCUCACCUGUUUAAUUCGUAAUUAAAGGAAGAAUGCAACAAUUUGGUGUUAUCUCAGAUAUGUCAUCAUUAAAAGAAUCAAGCAUGCUCGAUGUAAUUUUAGCGGAAUUAGAUUAUUUUUCCAUCUUUGGGCUUUUUUCACCAGUAGGAGUCAAGCUGAAGUACAACGAUGCACCGACAUAUGAGUGCGUGCUGUCCUGUUUGAUAGCAGAAUAAAUAUCCUUUCAUUUAUGAUAUGAGUGAUCAAAGAGCUGCUACUGAUGUGAACUCAGAGUUGAACAUAUUUAUAAAAUCAGGCAAUCUCUCGGUUUUUGAGUUGCAGUUCUGGCACUUUUAAAUCUCAAGGGAAGAUGGCUUUUUAAUUCAUGCUGGUUUCACCCGCCAUCACUUUGUUAAUGAUUAAGAUUUCUUUUCAUUUGAGCAGCUGUGAGCCACACAAAGUCUUUUGUUUACUAAAACCACCCUGGAUGCGGGUAGCCACCUGGAGAGCAGCAGAGUCUUUUUUUCUUCUUCCAGUCACUAGCUUUGCAUCUGCUAGAAAACUUUUCAUGCUCACUUCAUGUCAGAGCAGAGGAGGAGAUGUCCUUCUCUUGCCAAACAACAUUACUGGCCGUCUGUGUUUCUCUAGCUUUUUUAUGUAAGUGCAGUUUUUGCAGAUGAAAAGGUUUAACAAGCACAGGUGCAUGACUAAAAUUCAGUAUAAAGGUGGGGAAAAAUGAUUUCAAAUAUAAUCGGGGAAUGUUUGAAUGAGGAUAAAAGAUUCAAAUUAAAGAAGCUUUGUGGGUAAAUCACAAAAAAAUAUCAUUAAGUUGGAUGAAAAGCAGCUUGACAGCAGAUGGCAGAGCGUUGUAUCCUGUUUCAUCAAACUUCUGAGGUUUUCUAAAUAUGCUGUCGAAAUGUUUUUUCAUCAUAAAGUUUGUUUUCUGUUUUUCCUAAAGGGUCAUUUAGGUUUAUAAUAUUGAUACAGAAGAUUUUAUAAAAAAAAUGAUAAGAAUGCAGUAAUUGAUGUCACACAUUUGAGUUAGUUGUUGACCAGGUUUCAGCAAGAUAAAUACUGAGCACAGUUGUGAUUUUAGUUUGAGUUGAAAAUGAGCUCCAUUAGAGACUAGGUAAUGUUUUGAAAUUAAAAACCACAACCAAAACGAAAUCAAUAGGAACAAAAAAUCAGGCUGGAUGCUUUCAAAUUGAAAUGCCAAUAGGAUUGUUACAUAGAUGGGAUGUGAAGAAACUUGAUAUACAGUAUUUAUUGUCUGAAUAAAUCUGACUUGUGGAAGGAAAUAAAACACAUCCAACUUUGAGCCCAGCAGGCAGAAAGCUCAAACCAGUCAAGAUUUCUUUGUGUGUGUGUUUGUGUGUUUUUUUUCUUAACACUUGUGUGUAUCAAUCGGAUCGCUGACAGAUUCAGUUCAGUGAAGAGGAAAAAAAAAAAGAUGCAGCAAACAGAGCUUUGGGCUUUGAGGAAAAUAAGGGUUUGGUUGUGACUGUUGUGUGUCUGUGUGUUUGCAGAGGAGCUGACACAGAGGUUUACUCAGCUGAGCCUUGAGAGUGAUUGACCCCCUCAACGCCUCAAUAUAAGGUGGUGUACCAUAUUCAGUUUUCAUCAAACAGAGAAUACAUUUCAGGUAUCCCUCUAAGAUAAUGGAAAUGUUUCAACAUCAGGGGAAGGUCGGUGUGUGGAAACUAAUCUCUUUUCUUCUUCCAUAGUGUGUUGACAGUCGAUAGACAUGCCGCCCCCAGCUGACAUCGUAAAGGUGGCUAUUGAAUGGCCUGGAGCGAAUGCUCAGCUCAUAGAGAUGGACCAGGUCUGCAUUUGCACCUGAUUUAAUAUUUGAUGUUAAUUACUAAGAAUAGGAGCAUGCAUUAGCUGUAAUCUGUUUUGGAUUUAGAAGGAAUGGGUCUUGUUUUAGUCGAACGGAGCAAAGAAAAUAACCCUUUGCGAGCAGAAUAUUUUAGAAAUGCAAUUUUAAUUUUCUUUUAAAGCUCAUUAGAGGCUUUUUUUUACUGGUUAUAAAACAGACUGAAAUGAAUAAUGAUACCUCUUUAUGAGGUUCCAAAGCAAUCAAGACUGUUGAGUGGGGGAUUAAUUACUUCUGCCAUGUAAUUGUUAAUUCCUGGAAAUGCUGAUGUUGGGGGAGGGGGGAGUUAGGUAGGUGUCAAUCAAAACUGAUUUUUACAUUUUCCACAUAAAGGUUCUUGAUGGGUUAUAUGUCAGUUUCUUAAAAAGACCAGUCUGGGAUUUAUUGAUUUACUUAUUUACUUUAAGUGCUAUAUAAAUAUGUACAUGUCGAAUUAAGCAUGCAGUUGUAUUUUGUCUUUAUUUAGUAUUUUUUUCUAUUUACAGAAAAGGCCGUUGUCUUCAAUAAUACGGGAAGUAUGUGAUGGGUAAGUAAGCAUCAUUCAAACGCAUUUUGACAAUUUCUUGAUGUUCUGUGUGAUCUCUUGACUUUCUGUUUGUUUAGUGACAGAUUUAAUAUCUGUAAAACAACAGAAUAUCUUUGGUCUUUCUCCCUUUUGAACCCAGUGAAGCUUUUAUUAAGAUUUGCUAAAGUGAGCUGGAGAUAUUGUCAGGUCGAUCAUUUUUGGUCAUUUAAUGGAUAAAAAAAGAACAGCAACAAACUAGAUUUUCAUCCCAAAAACAGUUUCUAUAGUUGGUUGGAGUACUUUUAUAAUAAAGUUUCUGUGACAUCUGUUUUUACCUUCAUGUGAAAUGUUUGGUUCUCAGAUCGUCUUGUAUUAAAAUGUUUGCAUGUCUGUGAUGUAGGACUGAAAGGUUUAAAAUAAUGGUGGAUCAUGACGUGUCUUUUCAUAGCAGUUUUAUCACACCAUCUUUGUGGGUUCAAACACACAGAUCCUGUCUGAAUAUGUCUUACAUAACCCUUCCCAGCCAUUAUUUCUUUCUUUGAUCAAACAUCACGUCUAUUUCCAUGAUUUUGGAUUUUUUUCCCCCCACUUUCUCUUUUCUCCUGUGCUACAGAGGUGGAUAUUGAAAUUUGCUCUCACCCCUCCACCUUGUGGUUGUAUCUGCCCACUGCCUCCCAUUUCCAUUUGAAACUGAACAUUCUUUGCACUUUCCUGUUAACACCCACUGAAUAUUUCUCCUCCACAAUCUCUGAGUAUUGACACUUGCUGGAGGGACUUGCUCUGACUUUCAACAACAUUUUUGUUCCAGCAUGGAGUAUGCUGCAGUAAAACUUUCAACAACUUUACUUUACACCCCUCUGCUUUUAUAGGGGUUGUGAAACACUUCACAUACAGUUUAGAUCUGAACACUGUUUUCCUGUCCUCAGCUGGUCUCUGUCAGGCUCUGAGCAGUUUGCUCUGCGUUAUGCUGAUGGCCCUCAGCUUUACAUCACAGAGCAGGUGAGCCUGAAUGUUUCAAGCUUCAUAGAUGAAAUUUACAUAAUAUGUUGGAUUCGUAGAAAAACUCUCUUUUAUCAUCUUUCAGAGCCGUGGCGACAUUAAGAAUGGGACCAUCCUUCGAUUAGCAAUAUCACCUGUAAGUUCACUCCGUACAACAGACUUCAAUGUUUACAUUUUCAUAUUCCCUAUGCAUUACCAUUGUUCCUUUUUAGACUGACUUGUCUGUGCUCCAUAAAAUGACUGUCAGUUGACUUAGGGGGAGAGCUUUGCCUUUAAAGUUAGCAGGGAGAUGAUGAGAUUUGCUGUGGUUGAUACCAGCCUCAAACUAACACAGUAAUAAUAUAUGAUACAUUCUGCCUCAUCCCACCCUGCCUCUGAGUGCACUGUGAGUGCAAACCCACGCCUCCAUGACCAAAACAUCAGAGUGCAGUGUGCACUGCAGCAGAACAGUGCUGUAUGAUAAUCAAACUAACAAGCUGAGAUAGUUUCAGCAUUGACCAAUUAAAAGCAGUUUUUUAUUUCUUGCCACAGACAAACAACAGCAAGGCAAUCGAUGUUCAUUUUAAAUAAUUACCACAAGCCUUAUGUCUUCCUCUCGAGCUGAAAACCUCUUUGCUAAAUAGUAGGUGAUAAACAUUUACCACACAGACAUCAUCAACCAUAACCAGCUGAAACCAUUGGGACUCUAAGACCAUUGUUCUCUUACACAAAUAAAACCUUUUAUAAUAGAUAUGUAUUUUUAAACAUGAAGACAUAACCAGACACAAUAUUUGUUUCCAUUAACAGAUUUUACAAGUGCUAAAGACCCCCUCGAAUCAGCAUUCACACCAUCUUUUCUUUUUCUUCUCUGACAGGCUCGUGCAGCUCGUCAGCUCCUGGAGAGGAUCCAGUCUCACGGUAUUGAUGCUCGCCUGGAGGCUCUAAAAGAGCUCGCCAAGCUGUCUGCAGACCCGACCUUUGCCACAGAGUUCAUCAACAUGGAGGGCAUUGGGACACUAGCCCGUCUUGUGGAGAGUGGCACCCAGUGAGCACAAACUUUAUUUCAUGAUAAUAUUUUUACAUUUUAGACCAUGUGUGUGUGAAGUAAUGUCAGUUAUAACCUCUCAUCCUCCCAGAUGUGAUAGAAAUGUGUUAGAUUACCUCUAAAGCUGCUGAGGAAGAGUCUGACUAGACCUCUCUCUUAAGCUCUUGACGUGGAGCAGGCUAGAUAACCUGAAAAAGCCUGUACUGCCUGUGCUUUUUUCUAGCUUUGGUGAAAUGCUGGCCUUUACUCUCACUGCCUUCCUGGAGCUCAUGGAUCACGGCAUUGUUUCCUGGGACCUUAUCUCCCUCUCCUUCAUCAAACAGGUACUCGCCUGAAGAACUGAGGAAUUAAUCAGGAACUUUGUAGUUUCACAGAGAGCCUGUUAAGUUCGUCCCUAUUGUUAAAAGUCUAUGGUUAAACCUUCAUCCUCUGUACACUUUAUUCUUUUUAUUUAUACAUUUUUAUUUAUUUACUUAACCUUUCUGUCUUCCUGCACACAAGAUGUAUGUGGGUGUGGUUGCUUAGCAACAUCUUCCAUUAUGUGGAGCUCCUCCAGUGUGUGUAUGUGGUUAGUUUUCUGAUGAAACUCUCACUCAACCUUGACAGUCAUUCUUUCUGGAAAACUUUCUGAACUUUUCUUUCUCAGCUAGACUUAUUUUUCAUUCAGAGCACUCUGUCCCUCUGAUUAUUUCAUCUCAUGAUUGGUACCUUUUACAAGGUUGACACUGCCGAGGUGGAUUAUAAAUUAGAGCUACCAAUUUCCAUGGGACUUAUUUGUCUUCUCUGUCCUCAUUUAGAUCGCAGGCUACGUGAAUCAGCCAAUGGUGGACGUGUCCAUCCUACAGCGCUCUCUUGCCAUCCUGGAGAGCAUGGUGCUCAACAGCCACAGCCUCUACCACCGCGUGGCUCAGGAGAUCACCGUGGGACAGCUCAUCGGGCACCUGCAAGUGUGAGCACACACACACGCACAGGGGCUUCACGCACUCUGAUAUAUUUGGAGGAGAAAUGAAAUAAAUAUGACAGCAUGGGGUGUAUAAAAAACUUAGUUUAAAGGGUGAAUUCUGGAUGCUUUUAGACUGAGGCUGGUGGUGUAAAAACGUCCACGAAUAAAACAAACUAACACCAUGUAAGCCUCUUAUCUCUGUGUGUCUACUCUAUCCUGUUUGUUUGUCCUUCAUUUAAUAUUAAACGUAUGAAUCUUAGAUUUGUUUGAUGUAAAUAAAUCUCUAAAGGAUUAAGAAAGCAUUACUCAAAAAAGGAAGAAAUAAUAUAUUUGUUAGGGUCUUCUUAAUCGUAACAUAGUUGUGUUUGUGACCAAAAAAGUCUGCUGUAAUAAAACAAACAUGAAUUUCACAACAAGGAGCUUAAGUAGGUUUUUGUAGAUUUUUACCAUCAUGGCCAACAGGAUCUAUCCCUUGCUUAUUUUGGUGUUUUUUAAGAAUAAAGAUGUUGCAAUGCCCUGUAAAGUUUUCAAGAUUUACCAACUAGCUUAUUAUGAUUGAAAAAAUAAAUGAAGUAAAAGCCAAUUUUGAGUCUAAAUAUCCAAAUUUAAAACUGUGGGAUUAAAAAUCCUGCACCUAUUACAAGUUUUAAGAAUAAUACAGAAAAAAGUAAGGUGUUCUAUUCUUGGGGCAUUAUUGUUGAAAUACCUGAUAGAGGUUUGUGGAGCAUGAAGCUUCUAACUGGAUGUUUUGUUGCUUGAUAUUUUUCUCCAGGUCAAACCAGGAGAUUCAAACCUACGCCAUUGCCCUCAUCAAUGCUCUUUUCCUGAAGGCACCCGAGGACAGGCGGCAGGUCAGUGCCCGGCGCCCACAUCAGAGUGUGCUCUAAUAGAGGGAACAGAAUAAUAGAUAGAAAUGACCACAGUACUAAUCAGGUUAUAUCCUCAUAAAGCCACCUGUGCAUAACAAACUGACAUUUAUUCACAAGGAUUAUCACAUUAAUGAGAGUUGUAUGAUUCUUAGUGUCUGCAAACCGGGUUGUCUCUGGUUAGUGUUUCUAGCGGUAGUUUGGUUCUUAAAGCUGAUUCUGUGAAGAAACGUCUGUCUGCCAGCUGUCAUAUUGUAGAUUCUGUGUGACAGUCAUCGCUGUAAUGAUGCGCUCAAUCAAAAUGAUGCUCGCUCUCUUUUGAAGUUUGCACAUUUGUGAUGCUGUAGUUAUUUCAGAGCCAUUCCAAGAGGUGGGGAAGCUGUGUCUGAAGGAAAACUUGAUAACUAAGGGUUGAUUUUCAGAUGCUUAUUUCAAUAAAACUCAAGGAUUGCACUUGAUGCCAGACAGCCAACCAGGAACUUUUUGAAGGGGAUUCAGUGAAACCUGGCAUUAUAAACAGUGUAGGUAGAAGUAGAAGAGAUUGAUUCAGGCACAUCCAUAAACACUUAAAUAUGUGUUGGGUUUAGUUAGAUUCAGCAGUUUGACACGUAUCCAAAAUGGAUACAUACUGCCCUGAAAUAUCGUCAGACAAAUGUGCAGUGACUUGAGAAGUGAGCGCGCUUUUGGAUGCCUGUCCAGUGUGCUUCUCAUCACUGUCAUGAUGUGUCAUUCGUCUGUGCUCUGCUCAAACCACACUGAUAACUUUCAUUAGCUCAUAUAACACACUACCAUACUGCAGUUUUUACUCUAUUUUUAACCCCAUGUCUCCUCCUUUUGUAAUUAUGAUUCUCCAUGAUAAACUAUGAAUUCCUAGUUAUGGUAAAUAUGUAAACAGUAUUUAAAAAUGUGACACUUUUACGCCUGGUUGUAAACAAAUACUUAAAUUGUGGAACAUGGCAGAUUGAACAGAGUCUGAGACCCUACAUUUUGGCUGAAAUUGAAUUUGAAUAGAGCAGGAAAAACCUUAAUAAGUUGUAACUUAAGAAGUGACAAAAUAAAAAAAUAUUUUUGGUUAAAUUUUUUUUUUCUCUAAUAUCACUCAUGAAAAAAUUAUUACAGGUUUCAGUCAAGAAACAGCCAAUUGACAAACCGUGGACUUUGCUUCAGAAGCUUUUCUCUAGCACAUAACUUAACAUUAAUUCUAGAAGAAUAUGGCACAUUAGAAUAUUUUAAUAGCAACAUCCUGAUUCAAACCACAUUAAAAAAUGUAGGUGUUGAUAAAAAAAUGAAUGAGAGGGCAAAAAGGGCUGAGUUUAUUAAGAAGAUGAGACAGUGGGGUGUUUUCCUCAAAUUUUUAGGGUCGUUCUGUUUCCCCUCCUUUGUGUUUUGUGGCGUGCAGUUAUUCAAGAAAAAACCUUUUUUAGCCAGUUGCUCUAUUUGACCACUGGAGGGCGAACUGAGUCGUCAUUUUUGGUGUGAGUACAGCAGAGGGACAUGCAGUGCACACUGUGAGAGAUCCUAUUGACAUUAAAAAAAAGAGAAAAACCCAUAAAGAUGAGUGUCUUCUGUGAUAAAUCCUCAAUAAAAUCCUCAGCUGAACAAACAGACCCAUGAGAGGGAUCCACUUGAGUCGUACCUGGUUCUGCAUGUUGGCUUUUUCAAACAGCUAAAUUUUGUUCUCACACAUUAUUUUGUUUUAUUUUCGUAUUCUUUUGCAUGCUGUGCCAGUGAUGUGUCCCUGUAUCUCAUUGUCUCUGUGUGCACUCUUUGUUUCCAUCACUGUUGCACCCACGUCCCUCCUCCUCCUCCCUCCCCUUGCACCUGUAGGAGGAGUAUUCUAACCCGCUGGAGCAGCACCUCACUGUGAGUACACAUCCACUCAACAUCUCAUACUGUCCUCUGUACCUUACAGCCCGUCUCCUCCUUCACUCUCUUGCUCUAUGUGUGUGUCAUAGAAAGCUGUGUAAGCCAUGAAAUUAUGACUCGCUACAGCAGCAGACAGACUGUGUAGACAGAUUAAAAAGAGAAAAACACAAACAACUCAUGAAAAUGUAGCUUCAGAUUUCACUUAGGUUUUAGAAUUUGUCAAAAAGUCUCAUUUACUGCGGCAUGAGUCCAAAAAAACUACUUCUUUAAAUUCAUGUUGUGUUGUAAGGCAUCCCUCUUUGCCCGACUUGCACACUAAACUGAUAUAUCUCUUUAUAUUCCCUCAGGAAAUGGCAAGCACUUUGGCUCAGAAACACUUGCGAUCUAUCAUCCUUAAUGUGAGUAAAGAGUCUGAAACAAGAAAAAGCGCCUCUAGAUAUUUUAUCUGCACCUCAUAGUUAUCUCUCUGCUCUGCUCGCUAUUUAGCUUAAAGACUACUGUGGAGUAUUCAGGUGUGACAGUAGGAAUCUAGCAGUUCCCAGAGUUUGCAUUUGAGAGAAGAUGUAGUUAAAACAAUGGUAACUUGGCAAUCUUGUGUUUUUUAACCUUCUGUAAAACUAUCCUACAUCGCAGUUUGAGGUUUUUUUUUUUUGGUGUCUAGAAGUUUCCUUCCUGAGACCAGCAUUUUAGAAAGUGCAGAGAUUUGGUUCAUUGUAGAACUCUGACACAGACCAGCAAAUGUGAUGUGGCAGGAAGUCUGUGAAGUGGACCAUAAUCUUCUCUGAAAAUGAUUCUCUUUGGCACCGACUCUUCCUGACUGAACUGUCUGCUGAAUGUCAGCGAGGCGGAAUCUGCGCUCCUUAUGAACCAGCUCCAGCACAGGCAGCCCAGAGUCUACGCACAGUUGAUGACACCUAUUUACCUGCUCUCACAGCAUGUCGUGCAAAAAAAAAGCAUCACCUGUCGAUGUAGAUGAUUUGCUUUGUCUGCCUUUUGUCUUUAUAGUUUAUAGUUUAUACACGGUUUAUAUCUUGAUGUUUUUUUUCUCAGUAUGUUUGAGGUUUAAUUGUUCCUGAAAUAGAGACUUAACUCUGAAAUCAUUGCCUAUCUGUUUCAGCAUGUGAUCAGAGGAAAUCGACCAAUCAAAGCAGAGAUGGCACAUCAGCUUUAUGUGCUUCAGGUUUUGACCUUUAACCUUUUAGAAGAACGAAUGAUGACCAAAAUGGAUCCUAACGACCAGGUAAAAGAUUGAUAAUGAAUAUCCUUGAUUUGAGAUCAUUUGCUUGAGUAUUUAUAUGUAACUACUGAAUCUAACUAUAAAACUUAAUGUCAUCUGUUUAAAGCUCCUGUAAGGAACUUUAGGUUUGAAUCAGUUUUGGUGUCCCCUGUGGACAAAGUAGCCUUUGCUACAUAUUGAACAGUCUCUCUCUGCUUUUCAUGAAACCAUCAAAUACUAAAUAUCACUCAGCCAGAGUCUUUGCAAUGGAAGAUGACACCUAUCCUGCCACAGCAGUUUCAGAUAUUAGAAGUAUUUUUUUUUAGAUAAAGUAAGGGUCCUUUCACACCGAUUAUUUCGGACGUCGAGAUUUUCUUUCAAACCCAUAUCCUGUCAAUACAAGCGUCACAUAAGUGACGUUCUCCUGUCCAGUGAUAUUGCGGCAUUUAUUUUUUCGGAUCACGGCUGAUUUUUCAAAAGUUUCGCAUACUGUGUGUCCACUUCUGACCAAUCAGAUUGCGUGUUGUUGCGACAUCUGAUUCACCGGUAUAUCCAACAUGGCCGACCGGCUGAUUGUUUACGUGUCGGAGAACAGAGAAGUGCUGACCGUUUGGCUUGAGCGUGUGAUGACGUUUCCAGCUUUUCUAGCCAAUCAGAGGCGAAGGAGGCGGGACUUUCCCCGGGAAAAGUCUUCCCCGGGACACGUCUUUCCCCCCCGGAAAGUUGCAAAAUGGCAUCGGGCUUGAUGUGUAUAGUCAGGCGUGUCAAAAUUCGCCUCCAAAUAUUUCGUAAUUUCGCGUUCUGUAUUCGCGUCUAAACUUUUUCCACAGAAGCUUUAAACUUUUACCCCAUGAUAAAAAACAUCAAAUGUAAUCAAAUGUGUGCUCUGCCUCUUUACAGUAUAGAUGGUGUAGGCUUUAUACUAUCAAACUAACCUUCAACUCAUAACAUUAACGUGUUAAUUAUCCUGACUGAAAUAAAAGUUUGAAGGACAAAGUUUGGUGCAGUCAAAACUAUACUCUGCUGUGUAACAACCACUGAUUUACCGCAGUUGUUUUAUUACUUGUACAUUAACUACUUCAGUGUUCUUUGAUUAUUUUUCUGCUCUAAGUUCCUUUUUUAAGCUAAUGCUGUGUUUGUUGUCUGUGGUCCAGACUCAGAGGGACAUCAUUUUUGAGCUUCGCAGAAUCGCUUUUGAUGGAGAAAAUGACCCCACUGGUACCGAAAAGAGAAAGGCCAUGUACACCAAGGACUAUAAGAUGCUGGGGUUCACUGUAAGUCUCUUUUUGACUUGCGUACUUGUAAAACUUUCUGUAUAAAUACAGUAAAGUAAUGUUUUAUUUCCUUCUUAUCUAGAACCACGUGAACCCGGCCAUGGACUUCACCCAGACUCCUCCAGGGAUGUUGGCUUUGGACAACAUGCUGUACCUGGCUAAGGUUCACCAGGACACAUACAUCAGGGUCAGUUCUGGCAACAGACCAGAUUUAUCUCAUUUCACAGAGAAAGAAAGUCUCCAAACAUUACUCCUCGCUCUUUCCAGAUUGUCCUGGAGAACAGCAGCCGCGAGGACAAGCAUGAAUGUCCAUUUGGCCGGUGUGCUAUUGAGCUCACAAGAAUGUUGUGCGAGAUACUCCAAGUUGGAGAGUUGCGUAAGUGGAUCUGCAUUUAAAGGGAUGUAGCUAUUUCACUUUAAAAUAUGGCUAAAAGGGCGUUAUGUAAGAAUCGCCAUCAGGAUAAGAUUAACAAGGAUAGCCAAAGAGGAAGAAGCAGGGAAAUGUUUUUCUCGUUGAAUUUUCUGUUUUAUUUGAAAAUGGAAAAUAUUUGUCAUUGUACAGCAAAUGAGGGCUGCAACGACUACCACCCCAUGUUCUUCACUCAUGACCGAGCUUGGGAGGAAUUCUUCUGUGUUUGCAUCCAGCUGCUUAAUAAAACCUGGAAAGAGAUGAGAGCCACGGCUGAGGACUUCAAUAAGGUAUUAAAGCACUCUCAUAGUGUGACAUGUUUACAUUCAUCAAGACCUCACAAAUAUGAGUAUGUUGAAGAUUCUGUCUUGUCUUUAAGAAUUUAAAAACAAGUCAACAAUGACGGCUGGAUGAAAUACAAGGCAAGCACUUAGGCAAAAAUGUUCAUUUGAGUUUGGUGCGGUGACAGCCACAGAGUCAAACACCCAAAGUAUGCUUCCCGAAAAUCCCUGGAAAUCUGAAAAAAGGUCAUUUGCACAAUCGCUUUCUUACUAAUGAAAAACUUGGACAACAAAUCCCUUGGUCUUCUUUUUUUGAUCCUCUGACUUUUUUUGGAAUAUGAGAAAUGUUCCUUUAACUUCAAAAUUAAUCUGUACAAAAACAGUUUAAUUGGAUUGUUCACUGUGGCCAUUCUCAUUUCCAAGAAUUCCCAUGUGUUCAUGAAAGUACUCUUAGUAUGAAUGCAAGAUAAGUCCAGCUUUUAGAGUUAACAUAUUAAAAGAGCUGCUUUAUUCUUCCUCUCUGUGUGUGACUUGACUGCUUCCUGAAGCAGAAAGCUGAGAGGAAAUUUCUUUCUACGAUAGAACAGAGUGACGAUAAUGUUAAUGCUGUCUAUUUCAAUCCAGAGUGCUUUUGUUCACAUAAUCACAUAAAAUUACUGCACAUACAGACAUUUAUUUAAAGGCUUUCAAUGGGAAAAGUUGUUUCUCAGCAGAAUGAUGUCUCAUGGGGAAAAUAACGGUUAAAUUGCCACUUUAACUGUAUUUAUGGUUCACUUGAAACGAAAGCCAGACUGUGAAAAUGUUAUAAGUGGCAGGGAGAUUUCUGCAAAAUGACCAGAACAGCUUUUAUCUUUACCAUACCUUACAAGAUGUCUUCCACCUGUUACACAGCCCGUCUAUCAGGAGUAUCUCCCACCAUUUUUCAUCUUCUGUGUAUGUGUGUGUGUGUGUGUGUGUGUGUGUGUGUGUGUGUGUGUGUGUGUGUGUGUGUGUGUGUGUGUGUGUGUGUGUGUGUGUGUGUGUGUGUGUGUAAACUUGAACCAGGUGAUGCAGGUGGUGCGUGAGCAGAUCACCCGAGCUCUGGCUAUGAAACCAUCGUCUUUGGACCAGCUGAAGAAUAAACUGCGAGGACUCAACUAUUCUGAGAUCUUGCGUCUGCGGCAGUCAGAAAGAAUGAGCCAGGAUGACUUCCAGUCUCCACCAAUCAUGUCAGUCACAUUACAGAACUUCCUUAGUACUGUUAGUUUUGAUCCGUUCAUAUCUGGGUACUUAAAGUCCUUCUUUACAGAUAUAGAAACUCCAGAUUAGGAUUGAUCCUUUUAUUGUUGGAGUUUACGAGGUCGAAAAAUCUAAACCAGCUAAGCCCCUAGGUUUACAAACAUUAGAAUCUUGUUCACAUUUGUAUGCUUGUGUGCCUGUUGCUUCAUGCUGUGUUUUUGCUGCAGUGAGCUGCGGGAGAGAAUUCAGCCUGAGAUCUUAGAGCUCAUCAAGCAACAGCGGCUGAACCGAUUGUGUGAGGGGAGUUGUUUCCGUAAACUGGGGAAUCGCCGGAGGCAAGGUAGAUGCAGUAUCAACACAAUCACUGCUUUUUUACUUCUGAGGGAGCUCACACUGGUGGUUUUGAUUAUCAGUUGAGCGCUGUGUUCCCUGCCUCUCUCUUUGCAGAGAAGUUUUGGUUCUGCAGACUCUCGCUGAAUCACAAAGUGCUGCACUAUGGAGAUCUGGAUGAGUCACCUCAGGGUGAAGUGCCUUUUGAGCUCCUAAGUGACAAGAGUAAGAAAUCCUCAAAUCUUAUUUCUUCUAGCGGUUCCUUCCCUUUUCCUAAUUACCUGUUAGCACAUGAUGACACAUUUACACGAUGGCCAUGCUGCAUCUGUCAGUGGGUUGACCUUUGAGUGAUCUAAAUGAAUAAGUUGUGGGUUUUAUAUUCCUUCUAGUCCCUGUUUCUGACAUCAAGUCUGUGGUGACCGGGAAAGACUGUCCUCAUAUGAAGGAAAAAAGUGCUCUGAAACAAAACAAGGUAAACUUAUCAUUUUCAUUGCACACCACUUUACUUUUCAUUGUUCUCUGCAACUGUGAUGAGAAACGAGGCAAUUUUCUUCUUUAUGCGUCUUUCAGGAGGUGCUGGAGUUAGCCUUUUCUGUCCUCUAUGACCCAGAUGAGACUCUUAAUUUUGUGGCACCAAACAAGUAUGAGGUAACGGAACUGUUAUUUUGUUAUGUGUACAUUUAUAUCACUGCGUCAGGUAUGAUUUAUUAGAUCAUCCAUGUGUCUGUCUAUCAAACGCUUCAAUCAAUAAGCCCAAAGACAGUUAUAAAACAACUUUUGUUGUUUUUCAAACCUGAAGUCUACUGUUUCACAAAACCCACAGUAUGUUACUUGUGUAUCGCCAACCCCUAGAUUGACAGAGUUUGUAACCAAGCAGGAUAUCUUCUCUUGUGGGAGGACCAGGCGAGUUCAAGUUUAGGUUCAGAUUUAGUACUAUGCUGAAGAAAAUUUGGUUUGCAGCAGGCAAUAAAAUAAAAGACAAAAUACAAAAACAGGACCAACAUGAUACACAAACCCACUGAGCAAUAGACAGCUAUUAGACAUCUAGUUUUAUACAGUGUCGUAUAAAUAUAGCCCAGAUUUAGGUUUAGUCUAAAUUUGGUCUAGAUUUAGAUGUCUAAAAAAUUCAUUUUCAUUUUUUGACCUUUGGUAGCCUUUUAGACCAGUCGUCAAGGCAACAUUUAGACGUCUAUGAGAUCUCUUUUAGUCCAAUAAAUGCUCAGUGGGAAGUGUCCGUCAGUCAAGUGAAGAUUAAGACACUGACUUCUGCUACUCCAAAACUAGAACGAGUCAGAGAGCAACAUAUUCAAAGCACUUCAACAUGUCAGAAAAAGGGCUUUGCAGUAGCAAAAAAAAAAAAAAAAGUCGAAAUAUGACAAAUAAAACAACCAAUAAAUGAUGAAGGUAUUCAACAUUCAACAACCAAAAACUAUAUUUUUAAAUAUCUGAAGCUCUGCAAUCUUAAAAGAAUGUAGAGCAAUCAAACCUAGAUUCACAAAAAGAAAAAUUCACAUAAGGUAACACAAGACUGAGAUGUUGUCACCUUGGUAUUUUUUUAUCUUUUCAAGUAAAUCACCCAAAAAGUCUAAAGUUGUUCUAGGAGGCAUUUAAUGUGUUGUGGUGGGACAGUUAGCUAAUGGGUUUCCAGAUUGAUUUAGACUAAAAGUGAGCAUAGAGGAGAGGAAAAAUGUCAGAUUUGUGCCAUUGCUGGCCAACAUUUAUUCAUGUUUUAUUUUCUGUUUUUGUUACUGCUAAAAGAUAACCCAAAUAGCUCCUCAAGCCUGCUUUCAGGAAUAUUCCCUGAAACACCACAAUGAACUGUACCUACCUGUUUUUAGUCUUCAUGGUUUUCAUUCAUCAAGACCUCACAAAUAGAUUUCCUCCUAUGAGCAAAUAUUAUAGCUCAAAUGAAAUUACUCAGAGUAUAUUGAGGAUUUAACACUGUCUUGUCUUUAAGAAUCUAAAAACAAGAGAACAAUGACAGCUGAAUGAAAUUCAAGGCAAGCACUUGGGUUAAAAGGGUUCAUUUGAAUUUGGUGCAGUGACAGACACAUAGUCAAACACUUGGACAACAAAUUCCUUGGUCUUCUUUUUUCAUCCUCGGACUUUUUUUGAGAUCUGAGAAAUGUUCCUUUAACCUAAAAAUUAAUCAAUACAAAAACUUUUUCCACUGGAUUGUCCAAUGUGGCCACUCUCAUUUCCAAACAACCCCAUGUUUGGAAUUGUCCUCUCAUGUGUUCUCACUUUAAGUCCAAAUCAAUCCGUACAUGUGUGUAUUUUUUCGGAACAGUACUGCAUCUGGACCGACGGGCUGUGUGCGCUGCUGGGUAGAGAGAUGGGCAGUGACCUGACACGCAGUGACCUAGAUACCCUCAUCAGUAUGGAGAUGAAGCUCCGCCUCCUCGACCUUGAGAACAUUACAAUCCCAGAAGCCCCGCCCCCUGUGCCCAAGGAGCCUAGCUCGUACAACUUCACCUACAACUACAGUUGA